AAAAUGAGUGUUGAGGAUCAAAUUGGGGAGGACGAUUCUGCGCAUGUGUGAUGCUGUCAAAUCUGCCCGCGGUACACCUGUUGGUGCCACUUAUAAUCAGGUAAUUGCCGCUGCGAGCGCGUGGAUGCUGGCGCGUGCAGAGGCCUGUAUUACAGAAGUAUAGCCGCUCUCUGGACCGCCGGACACUCGUGACGGCGUCUCGCGGGUUAUUACCCAUCAGUACACCUGCGGAACAGCCAUGAACCCUCCAAACUGCAGACACGACGCAAACCCGCCAGUUGUAGGUGUGUCAGAGCAUUAUGCGCCGCAGUCGUCGACAUCCUCAGCAGCUGCAGGUCAAGAAGAAGGGGAAGGGGAUGGAGGAGGAGGAGGUGGGGGUAUGUACCUGAAUGCCUACGAGGUCUCUUUCCCCCUGGAGGAGAACGCGGAGCAGCCCCCCGCCUUCCAGCUGAACCACGGCCAGCAGAUGAUGGACGACUCCGGGGUGCAGGAACCCCUUCACUCUCAGUACAGCACCUUCAUCCUGGUCUCCAACCUGAGGGCUCACCUGUACGUCUCCCUGGAGAAGAACGCCUGGCUGCAGAAGCGCAUUGAGGAGCUGGAGGAGGAGCGCAACUUCCUGCGCUGUCAGCUGAACCGCUUCAUCGUCAGCAUGAGGGGUCCAGACGUCACCGAGUGGUGUGGUGACGCUCAGCGAGCUGUGAAGGUCCAACCCAGCUGCCCCCCAGACCCCCUCUCCCCCAUGACCACCCGAUCUGGAAUGACCCUCAAACGCCUGCAGGCCUCUGGAUCUCGAGCUCGCCGCAGCAUCUCCAUUCCUGUCAAGCAGGAGUUUCAUGUCAAAGAAGACAAAUAUUACACUGAAGACGAGUACGUGGAGGAAGAGGAGGAGGAGGAGGAGGAGGAGGAAGAAGGAGAGGAGGGGGAGGACUCAUCGGUGGAGAAGGGCUCGAAGAAGAAGGGCCGAGCACGGAAUUCUGGAGAGCCCAGGAUGAAGAUGAGGAGGAUCUUUAGGAUCACACAUGGCCGGGAGAGACAAAGAGUUAAGGACCCAGACGGAGUUUUGAUCCGUUAUAAGAAGAUCCUGUCCACCUACCAGCGGGUGAGGAGCAUGUCUCGAGCCUUUCAGAUCCACGGAGUGGACCGGAACACCAUGGCCUCCACCUCCCCGAUAGCAGAGCUGCUGCUGGUGGCCCCAGAAAAGGUGUCUGACGUCGGAGAGUUUGAGGCAUCAAAGGAGAAGCUUCUGGAUUACGCUCGGAGAUGUUACAAGACCAUGGAUGAAGAGACGCACGCCAAGGUCCAGAGCAUGAAAAAGACCCACAAGCUGCUCCCCAUCUCAUACAGGUUCAGAAAUUGAAGCCCAAAGAAAUUCAGUCUUUGAGGGUUUGUUGCCACACAUAAAGACAGUUUUUUUUUCCUCGUUAAGUGGGUCCCCUUAAUAAAAAAGUGGUUGAAUAAUGUAAGAAAUUACUAAUAGCUUUUUUGUGGUUCUGUUUUUUUUAUGUUAAUGCAGUUCGCUAUGUUCUUUCAGUUGGAAGCUGCUGAUCUUUCUUUUCUGGCUUUCACUCGGGAAUAAGUAUUUUUUUUGCCAAUGUUUAGAUAGAGUGAACAUUUCCAGAUGUUGAUGUAUUUUUUGUUUGAUAAUUUAUUUAUUUAUUUAUUAUUUUACACUUAAAUCAAGCCUAUAAAUUAAGAUUUGUAGCCUAUUUUUGUUGCAUUUUCAAAUGUGUUAAAACAAACAAGCAAAAAAAAAAAAAUAUUCCUGACGGAGUUUUACUGUUUUAGGAAACAGAAAGUUGCGACAGUGUAUAAAAGUUUGGAGUAAUUCAAACUGUUACUGAUAUGAUCAAUUGAAAAUGUUGUAAAGUGGUAAAAAAAAAACUGCAGAUCAUGCCUGUUUUGCCUCUGGAAGGAAUAAAUAUCGCAAGAGAAACAUUUAAUUGCA